GAUGUGAGACUUUUGAGACAAGGCGACCCGGUUCGUCCGAUGAGCAGCUUGGAUCUUCCACAUGUAUUCCAAGUUGGCACGUGUGAGAUUCCACUGCCAAACCACUGUAGUCGGUCGAGUUCAUUCCUCUUCAUUGCGGGAGAAGUGCAGGCAUGUUAGUUCAGAGAUAGUCAUCAUUUCUCUCAUACUUUAAAAUAUUCUCCUAAUGGAGAAAGAAGAAAAACAAUAAUCCGAGAUUAUUGUUUAUCGUGAUCUGAGAUUAUCGCAAUUGCAAAAAUUGCAAAUGGAGAAUCCGUUUACGGUGAAGGUGGGACAGGUCUUCACAGGCUUCGGCGUCGGCUGCGGGAUUGGAAUCGGCGUUGGUCGUCCUUUAAACUUAGGUGCUAUACCGGUCCUGCAACAAGUUAUGAGUGCCACCAAAGGUGCUACCGAUGCCUUUUCUGGUGUCGGGAGACAUGUUAAUAAUUCUUUAAGAAGGUUGGGAGUGAAGGGCGUCGAAGCGGGUGUUGGAUGUGGAGUUGGUUUUGGCCAUGGUUUUGGAAUAGGCGUUGCUAUAAAGCCUGGAGUAGUGCAUCAGAUCCAAUCUUGUCUUGGACAAGCAGCGGUGAAGGUGAUGACAAAAAUAGGGAUUGCGCCUGGAUCUGUCAGUCAGAGUAUCAUUCCGGGGUCACUGCAAAGCAGCAUGAAUAUGACAACUGGGACGUCUGAUGGAAAUGUGCAAAAGACAGUUAGAAAUGCCAUGCAGUUGACAACUAAAUCUACUGAAAGUGCAUCAUAUGGUGUGAGAGACGAAGGUUUGCAUGAGGAUUUCAAGUAUGAAUCUUUUGCAUUGAAAGGAUCUCCAUCAGAAACACCACUUGGCAGCCGCUCUGAAAAAGUCAUCAGCAGUUUCUUGCAGAAUCCAGCAUUGAAAAAUGGGGAUGAAACGGAGAUUGGUGAAUUGGCUGGACAGUUGCGAUCAGAAAACAAUGCGCUUCAAGUGCUAUUGAAACAUCAACAAUUAAUUGAAGAGCUGAUGGAAGAGAAUGAGCAGCUCCGUCGGGUACUCAUGGAAGACCUGAAAGUUUUGCCUAGCAAGCUCCAAGGCGGCACCAGAAGCUUAGAAUCCAACAACCCCUGUUUGGAUUGUUUCGAAUGCCGUAGAAGAAGAAGAAAAUCAACUCGGUAAUGCAAGCUAUCAUGCAAGACCCACUCCAGCAUUCAAGUUACUAUCCAAUUUCAAUAUCAUUCAAAAGCCUCAAGAGUCAUUCAACAUGAUGUUCUUACACAACCUCAAAAGGCAAAAAUUUUGCAAGCAGAAAACACGAGCAUGGGUGGAUGUGUUAUAUAUAUUCAACCACUGGAUGCUAGAUCUACCCUUCAAGAAUAUUUGCUCUCUUUAAAUUCUUUUUCUUUAGCGAGGUUUUAAAUUCUCUUUAAAUUCUUUUGGUGGAUCCUAGUUGAAUGUGAGAAACGCUGGAUUUUGAAGUGUAACAAAACCUUGGAUGAGAACCAUACUGGAUAAAGAUCCAUGCGGAAAACAAUUAGAUAUGAUGUCCUCGUCUAAGAUGAUUUUGUUAAUUAUUCUUUUUGUUUGGGAUUCUA